AUGGAUGACCUGGUGGGUGUGGACAGCUUGGUGGCCAACACAGCCUACCUAAGGGCCCUGGAGGUUGAUCGGAACAAGCUGAGAAUGCAGCGAGUGCCCCUGACGCUGCCCAAGCCAAAGAAGUCCACUGCUCCUCGGACAGCAGCCGAGAAGACAUACGAGUCGCUCUGUGAGCAGCAGCCUAUCGGGAGAAGGUUGUUUGAGCAGUUUCUCCUGACUUCUGACCCACAGUGUGUGGCUGCUGCUGAGUUCCUGAAGGAGCUGAGCCACUGGAGCUUUGCUGAGGACGGAAACAAAGACAAGACUAAACAGAGGAUACUUUCAAAGUUCUGUCAGCCUCAGUCUCACACGUUCCUCUCCUACCUCACAGCAGAGGAUGUGAAGAUGAUCAUGGCUCUCGCAGGCAAAAACGAUGAGGCAGCCAUGGAGCAGAUGAGAGAUGCAACCAGAAAUUACCUGAAAGGAAAACCUUUUUUGGAGUACCUGAAAAGCCCCUUCUUUUACCACUUUCUGCAGUGGAAGGAAUGUGAGAGGCAGAAGAUUACUGACAGAUAUUUUUACGAGUUCAGGACUUUGGGCAGAGGUGGCUUCGGUGAGGUGUGUGCAGUACAGGUCAAACACACGGGUCAGAUGUACGCCUGCAAGAAGCUGAAUAAAAAGCGUCUGAAGAAGAAAGGAGGCGAGAGACUAGCCCUUCUGGAGAAGCAGAUCCUGGAGAAGGUCAACAGCGCCUUCAUUGUAAACCUGGCCUACGCCUACCAAAGCAAAAACCACCUGUGCCUGGUUAUGAACCUGAUGUCAGGAGGAGACCUCGGCUUUCACAUCUACGAGUUGGGCGAGAGAGGCAUCCGCAUGGAGCGAGUUGUUUAUUACGCAGCCCAGAUUGUCACCGGCAUCCUCCAUCUGCACUCUAUGGACAUCGUGUACCGAGAUUUAAAGCCUGAGAACGUGCUGCUGGAUGGGAAGGGCCAGUGCCGACUGUCAGACCUGGGACUGGCUGUGGAGCUGCCCAAAGGAAAAAUGAUCUGCCAGAGGGCUGGUACGACUGGCUACAUGGCUCCAGAGGUUCUGAAGCAGGAGUACUACCGCACAUCUGUGGACUGGUGGGCUCUGGGUUGCAGCAUUUAUGAGAUGGUGGCUGGUCGUUUGCCUUUUAAAGACUUCAGGGAGAAGGUGCAGAGCAGCGAGGUGACUCGUCGCACUCUGGAGGAUGACUGCAAGUUUGAAGACAAGCGCUUCGAGGGUCCAACCAAAGAUAUAAUCAACCACCUCCUCAAGAAGAAGGUUCUGUUCCGCCUUGGUUGCCGUAAAGAUGAUGACCCAAGAACUCACACGUUCUUCAAGAGUAUCAAUUUCCACCGUUUGGAAGCGGGGCUGGUGGAGCCCCCCUGGGUGCCAAAACCUGAUGUGGUUUACUCCAAAGACACUGAAGACUUUAGGGACAACUCUGAGAUCAAGGAUGUCAAGCUUGAUGCCAAGGAUGAGAAAUUCUUCAAAGAGUUUAGCACAGGCGCAGUCUCAGUCUGCUGGCAGAGGGAAAUGAUUGACAGCGGAGUAUUUGACGAAGUGAAUAAGCCUGAAUUGAAUGGACGUGGCCUUGAGAAUGUGUGGACAUCCAGGAUGUGCAUCAUUUUGUGA